CAGCGAUUAGGCUGCCUGGGGUGGGGACUGAUGAAAACGUAGGCUACGGCGCAGAAUGAGGUGCUUCAUGUUUCAAUGUUUGAGAGAGUAAGGCAUGUGCUGUGACGGUAGCCUCUCAUAAUGGCUGUCAGUGAAAUAUCCAUUCUUAACGAGGUAUUCCAAACAGCUGAGCUGCGGAUAGCCUGUUCUAUUUGCACCACCAGGGAAAAGGAAAUCACAUAUUCAAUAAAGACCAUACCACACAGGUGUCAAGAGAAUGUGCUCUUAGUUAAACUCAAGAAAGAUGGAAAAUGCUGGAGGCCAAUUUCAAAACGACCAGAAUACCCAAAUCCAAUGCGGUAUGAUGUGUGUUGGUUCUUUGUAGAGGGUAGUGGAUGCACUGUACAUGGAAAGAGAUGUACCUUUGCAAGGAGUGCUGAGGAAGUUUUGAUUUGGAAUUUCCUAAAGAGCCAAUAUCUAGAUCUUGAGUCUUUAAUCAGUCUGAUUAGUGAGUCGGGACAGAAUGUCUCCAACCUGGAAGGGGUUUCGGAAAAGAUAUUUACAGGCUGCGGUGGAGAAUUUCAGGAGCUCUGCAGAGAAUGUUUCAAUGGAAUUCCAUGUAGGAUAACAGAGAGAGAGUCAAGCCAUGUUUGUGGCACAGUUUUGGGACAUCGCUGGAGGCCAAUGAUGGUACAUUGUUCAGAACAGACUCCGGGCAACCGAGUGUUCAGUGAGAUACGACCACUUCCUCCCAAACCCUUGCUGCAACUGUGCUGCUAUGAUACCAAAGAUAAGUCCCCAGGGCACAGUCCUCUGGAGUGCCAGUUUGCCCAUAACAAAGUGGAGUUGGCAGUUUGGAAGCAGGAAGUCAACAGUGAGUGGAAUCGUAAGGAGCUUCUGUGGCUCUCUCAAAAGAGGAGGCAGCCACAGCACUCAAAUGUAGUCCGGUUACCCUCUCGGAACACCACUGCUGGACCGCAUGCAUCAAACGACAGCAGUGACGCAGGUGUCCAAGGGCCCGUGGAGAAUGAGACUUCCUACCAGGAUCGUCUACUCAAGGAGUAUAGAGACAGUGACAAAGCAGUUGUGAUUCCUUAA